AUGACACUUAUGAGUGCGUAUGCAUGUGCUCUUUUGCGAGAAUGCAUCAUCUCAUCAUACUACGCAAUUAAUCUCAAAAGCUCUACUCAGUAUACUUGUAUGUAUGCUAGUUACUGGGCGGGCAAGAGGCCGAUAACCCCCUCCCCCAUAUCUAAACCCCUUUCUCGGGCCGGGGGUGCUGCCCAAAAGGGCAGAUACAGGUUAUGUGGCAAUCAUCGACUAUGA